AGGAAGGUUGAGUAGACGAGAACCACAACAACAAGUUGCAACCACCUGGCGAGGUAACUCCAGUCGGCCAGUGUCUUCCAGGUGCUUUCGAAACCCCCAGCUACGUGGCUGCUUACCUCCUGACGCAAUACAGUUGCCAUUAGUAGUAAAGAAUCGAGGACACCUCUUGGUUGAAACGAAAAGUAAUCGGUACAGUUAAGGAGAGUUAGGGAAGAAGGGAAAUUUUGUAAAGUGGUUCGAUCGAGGAACGGGGUUACGUUUGGGUUGCCAAAAGGGUAAGAAAAGGACUUGGUCGAAAAUUUUGUAGGUCGCGAAGGUCGAUCGAGACUUCCGCAGUGAUCGCAUCAUUUUCAAGGCGAUAAAGAAUAUCCGGCAUGGGCCAUUAACGAGGAAUUUGUUGGUUAAGAUUGCGCUUGACUUUUUCUUUUUUUUUUUUUUUUCUUUUUUCUCUCUCUUAUUUCAUCGAUUUACGUAGACAGAUGUAUGAUGACUGAUGCGUAGAGUCGAAUAGGUAGGAACGCGUGUUCUUGACGAAGAAAGAAUACGAAGAAGAGAAAGAAGAAACCGGAGGUGAAGUAGAAGACGAAGAUGAAGCAGAAGAAGAAGAAGAAGAAGAAGAAGAGGAAUAACAUAGAGCGUCAGGCUGUCGCGUCGGCGGUGUACGACGUCGACGCCGACGCCGCCGUCGGCGCGUAUAACGCCAGCGGGCAAAAGCGCGUUACCCCCAGUCGGUGGAGCGAGAGAGUCGCGACUAGUAGACGAGCUAGAGCUCGUGGUGACGGGUAAUAGAAAGAAAGAAAGAGAGAGAAAGAGAGGCAGGAGAGAGAGAGAGAGAGAGAGGAGACAGACGUUGAGGACAGGCCAAUAUUAGCAAAUAUAUAAAAGAGAGAUAGAGCGAAAGAGAGGGAGAAAGAGAGUGAGAGAGAGAGAGAGAGAGAGGGAAAGAGAAAUAGAGUACUUUUGGAUAGUUUAUCUAGUGUAAAGGACACGGAACUGAUUGGACAGUAGGCAAUACCGUAUACCAGAGGUACUCGAUGCGCCGGUGCACCACCACCACCACCACUACCACUAGUAACAGCACCACCACCACCGCCAGCACCACCACUAUUACCACCACUACCACCACUGCCAGCACAACCACCACCACCACCACCACCACCACCACCACCACCACCACUAUCAGCAGCAGCAGCAGCAAGCGAGCACGAUCAGCAUCGUAGCCACUGGCAGCACCGCCGUCGCGAGUCGCAGUCGCCACCGGCGCCACUACCGCCUCUACCACCGCCUCUAUAACCACCGCUCUUGGCAGUAGAGCCUCGCAGAGACGUCCACCUCGUGGUCGUCGGCACUUCCUAGCGGACGGUGCUGGUGUCCGGGUGGGUUCUAGGACGCGCAUUAGAUCGAAGCAUAGAUAGAGAGACAGACAGAUAGAGAUAGAGAGAGAGAGAGAGAGAGAGAGAGAGAGAGAAGGUUGACAAUAGAAUAGAAGAUUAGGAGAAAGAGGUAAAGCCGGUGGUAGAAAAGGGAAAGGAGAAAGAGACGAUAGUAGGGGGUUUGAGUCAAGCAGCAAGUCUUGCUUCCCUUAAACGUCGCAUACACGCGUACCGAUGCGCAUCGUCGUUCGUCAUUCUCGGCGCUAAGGUUUUGCGGCGCGCGCGAUAUUUCGUUUAGAGGGUUUCUUCCCUCCUCUCGGGAGUGCCGUCGACGGUUUUCUCGCGCGGGCUGCCGGUGAGGUAGGAGGUGACGCGGAGGGCGAUCGCAGGGUCGUCGUCCUUGUCAUCCGCAGCGGCAGUAAGAGGAGGAGGAGGAGGAGGAAAAAGAGAGGAAGAAGAAGAGGAGGAGGAGGGUCCAUCGGUCGAAGUGACGGUGCAUGGUGAAGUGUCGCGAGCGGAGCGGUGUCGUCUCGUCGAGGAGUCGGAGGGGAGGAGGAGGUGGUGGAGGAGGAGGAGGAGGUGGCGGAAGUAGGCGAGAGAGUAGUCGCAGGGGUAAGGAUAAGGGUGGUAUCGGGCCGAGCCAAAGCCGCGAGUCGUCGUGGUGAUGCCUCGCAUCGGCGGGUCCUCCAGGUCGCAGGGUGUCGUCGCAGGUGCGCUCGAGUCGCGCUCGCCCUCACCGACGACGCGGAUACGCUGACGAGUGCAGCCCACGGUGGCACGGCAGUCGUCGCCGCUCCUGCAGGCCAUGUAUUACGGCCCGGUAAUCGACCCUACCGGCAGCAGCUGCAGUGCCAGCGACCACCACCGGCGGCAACGCGACCACCACUACCACCACCAUUACGAUCACCAUCAACAGCACCAACACCAACAUCAUCGUCGUCCUCAACAAUAUUAUCAUCAUCAUCAUCAGCAUCAUCGGCAUCGUCAUCGGCUCCUUCCGAGUCCUACCACAAAUUCGGACAGCACGAAGGACGAGCCGGCUUACGUCCUGUUACUUCGUUCGCCCAAAAGACCAGCUGCUGCCUCCUGCUGUCACACAGCAAGGAGACCGGGCAGAAGACGACGCGACGGUGGACAUGCCGUCAGGAUAUUCCUCGUCGCUACCGCCGCUGCCUUCCUCGCCCUCGCCGUCUCACCGGUGUCCGGUACGUCGAACAAAAAAGAGGAAGAGACGACGGUGGUGGCCACGUCGGUUGGAGUCACGGAGGAAAGUGGUGUCCUAGGCACGACAAGGUCCAAGCCAGGCAACGAUCCUGGAGGAGGUAUAGACUUAUUAGCAGCCCUGCAGCUGCACAAUACUACGCGGCAGGGUGUCACGCAGGUACCGGGACUGGUUAGACUGAAGGCAGCUUAUUAUCUGCAGGGCGAGGAGAGAGAGCUCCGACUCAGCGAGGCAAGUUUCAAACGAGCGGCUGCACUACUCCGGCGGGUUCCGGAAUUUACUAUAGCUGCUGCUUUACGCCAGGAGGAGGCCAAUUCCGGAACUAUCGUCGCCUUUUCACACGGGAACAAUAGAUCGUUAUCGUUAUUCAUAAAAAAAAAAAAAAAAAAAAAAAAAAAAAAAAACAGAUAUUUGGAGCUGCAGAGCAGCGGGCGCAAGGACGAAUUGCGACUUCAUUACGUAUCACGCCGUGACGGGAGUGUCCACGCCGAGGCAUUUCCUUUUCGACUGGCCGACGGCGUCUGGCACAGGGUUGCCCUGAGUAUAAGCGGCUCGCAGGUCGAGCUACUCGUCGACUGUCACCCUCUUUACAGGCGAUUACUCAGGCCAGGUCCACCAGACACUAAUUUCACUCUACCGCAGCUCCAACUCUGGAUUGGUCAGAGAAAUGCCAGGCACUUUCUUUUCAAGGGUGCUUUGCAGGACGUCAAGCUGGUACCAGGACCCCAUGGAUAUCUCUCGCAAUGUCCUCAGCUCGAUUCGUCCUGUCCGACCUGCGGACAAUUUUCUAUGCUCCAGAAUACCGUCGAACAGCUCAUGCACAAUCUCAACGAGUUAACGCGUAGGCUAGCCGCUGCAGAGGGCAGAAUAAACAAGGUCGAAGAGUGCGAGUGCCAAAAAUCUUGCAGGGCAAAUGGUACAGUUCACGAGGAUGGUGCGACCUGGGAAAAAGGUUGCCAACAAUGUUCUUGCGUUCAUGGUGAAAUCGAGUGUAGGCCUACACCCUGUGCUCCUGUCACCUGUAAAAAUCCAGUCAUUCCUCAGGAACAAUGCUGCCCGAUUUGUUUAAAACAAUGUUAUCUUCACGGUGUGAUCUAUGAUCACGGUGUGAAGGUCUCACCGAAGCAGUGCGUCGAAUGCGACUGCUACGACGGUAGCUUCACCUGUCAAAGGUUCGACACAGAAACGAGAUGUCCACCACUGCCGUGUCCGCCCAGCGAACAAAUCAGCGUUGCUGAGGAAUGUUGCAAGUACUGCCCAGGGGUGGACUACUGCGCGAAGGGCCACAAGUGUCAUGCUAACGCGUCCUGCCUGAAUCUCCAGACGACCUACGCCUGCCACUGCGAUAUCGGUUUCCAGGGGGAUGGUCAUAACUGUCACGACGUGGACGAGUGUAAGCAGCAAGGUGGAUCGGAAGGUCAUCAUUGCAACGCCAAUACCAGAUGCGUCAACGUGAUCGGCUCUUAUACGUGCGAGUGUCUUCCUGGUUAUCACAGAGUCGACAAGUUCAAUUGCGCUGAGUUGGACGAGUGCGUUACGGGACAUCACACGUGUGACGAGCACGCGACCUGCGUUAACACUGCCGGCAGUUACUACUGCGUUUGCAAGGACGGUUAUGCCGGCGAUGGGCACACGUGUAAACCUAUUUGCAAUCAGACUUGCCAAAAUGGUGGAGAAUGCGUAGCACCGGGUCGGUGUUCUUGCCGAAGGGGAUACAUCGGUAACAGCUGCGAACUCGACUUGGACGAAUGCGCCAGCGAUCUUCACAGAUGUCAUCAAUCAUCGAGUUGCUUCAAUAUGCCCGGUUGGUAUUAUUGUCGCUGUAAGCCCGGUUAUAGAAGCGCCCUACACGACAGCACACAGGGCACUCAAUGUCUCGACAUCGACGAAUGCAACGACCAUACGAUCGAGAGGAGGCACACGUGUCAUCCCAGCGCAAAAUGCGUCAACACCGAGGGUGGUUACGCGUGUGCCUGCCCAAGGGAGGAUAACAACACGGACGAAGAAUGUAGAUUGAGUUGUUGGUUCGAGGAUAGAGAAGUUGAAAACGGCGAUACAUUGGCACCAGCGGGGAAUCCAUGCAGACGUUGCACAUGCAACGACGGCGUGAUAACCUGCAGAGAGCCAAUAUGCGAUUGUAGCCUUCCUGGAAGUCGAAAGGACAAAUGUUGUCCGCAGUGUGACCCUGCUGCGUCCUGCAGACAUCAGGAACUUCAUCAUUUGGUCUUUAGAAGCGGGGAGCGUUGGAUAUACCAAUGUCAAACUUGCGAGUGCCUGUAUGGCGAAAUCGAUUGUUGGCAAAUGGAGUGUCCACCGGUGACCUGUUCGAAUCCAAUAACCGAGGACGGCGACUGUUGUCCUCGCUGUGAGGACGAUCCUUGCGCUCGCGAAGUAACCUUGAACGGUACAUCUCUGUCGGUUCUUAGUCAUCCAAGGCCAUGCAGUUACGCGGGCAUAAUACACGACAGUGGGAGCUCAUGGCAGGACCCCCAUGACAAAUGCACCACGUGCGAGUGCAAGGUGCCGUACUGCGCCCAAUUGGUGAGCAAUAGCGCGUGUUGUGUGCAUCGGACGGGCAGUUAUGCUGCAGCUACGAUUACGGCUGCGCUGGCGAUCUGGGCGACGAGCAACAGCAACGUGAUACAAUCGGUGCUCCUGAGUCUCUCGUACAGCCUCUAUCGGACGCUACGAGGUGGUCGUUGGUCGAGGGUACACAGGAAGCAGCUGUACCAGCGGUCACCAGGUCCUAUCAUCAGGUCGAGUCUGUCUCAUCGUCCUACUCCUCCUCCAUCUACUCUUCAUCGUCAUCGACAUCAGGAAAUUCAUCAGGGAAUUCAUCGGGGCCAGGUAGAAAGGUUUACCUCGGCAGUUCCAGACAGCAGUUCGUCCAAUCGCGAAACGAUCGUCGAGCCAGAGUCCUCGAUCAUCAUCAACAGCAACAACAACAGUCACAACAACAACAACAACAACAACAACAACAACAGUCACAACAACAACGGGCAACAACGACGUCGUCUACGUCGACGACAAGGAGUCAACAGGGCUUCGGCGGAGAGACGACGUCGUCGACGGUGUCGGCAUCGCGAGGUACGACCAUGGCGUCGACGACGUCGCCGACGAAGAGUAGCAAGGAUCGAAAUAAUCUCAUCGACGGUGUUAGAACGACUCGACAUCGAACGGCAUCGACCUUAUCCUCCUCCUCAUCCUCAUCCUCCUUCUCUACCUCCUCUUCAUCCUCAAGCUCGUACUCCAGCUCAUCCACAUCCUCAGUCUCUUCUUCCAGCAAUUCGGCACCAACAGCAGCAGCAGCAACAGCAACAGCAACAGCAACGGCAGCAUCCUCAUCCGUCACGCUGCUCGUCCCAUCCUCGUCAACGAUCGACGAUACCUCCUCGACGUUCGCCUCGAAAACGGCAACUUCGGAAACAAAGAAAACGUCCGAAUCUAUUUCAUCUAUUGCUGCCACUGUUGCUACUACCGAUAUUGGUGCUGUUAAGGUUAAUACCGGUGACGUUUCUUCUCGCGAUCGUCGAUCCUCCUCGUUAUCGUCGGUUGGACGCCGUCGCAAGGACGAUAAGGACGAGUCCUUUUUGGUACGCGGUAGCGCCACUUGAACGAGCCGUAUCUCGAGGGAGCUAGAAAAGAGAGAUAUAUAAUCGUCGAGAUGUUCGGUAAGGCAUUCCACGGGACGUAAGGAUUUCUUUGAAGGGAGGGGAAGAUUGAGAUCGUACCGAGGUUGCGUCAGCCUGAUUAACGACGACGAUCACGAUUACGCGUACACGAGAGAGAGAGAGAGAGAGAGAGAGAGAGAGAGAGAGAGAGAGAGAGAGAGAGAGAGGGAGAAAAAGAGAGUGAGAGAGAGAGAGAGAGAGAGAGAGAGAGAGAGAGAAACCGAAGAAACCUACGAAAUGUCCCUAAAGGACGUCGAGCAAGUGGUCAGGAUAAAAACUCCAGGAGUCGAGAGGAGGCCUACGUGCUUCCCGAAUUCGCAGAUUCCUUUUCUUCUUCUUUUUUUUUUCUAUUUUUUUUUUCUCCUAUUAUAUAUAUAUAUAUAUAUAUAUAUAUAUAUAUAUAUAUAUAUAUAUAUAUAUAUACAUAUAUACACAGGAUCGAUUCGAGUUCGCUGGCUUUCUCCUUCCUUCUCUAUUUCCUUCCACCCCCCUCGACCCCGAAGUCGAUAAGAACAGCUGCUUUCCAACGAUCGAACACGCGUUACGUGGAUCGAGCAGGAGCUUUAGCCGAGCUUUUUCGAUGAGCUUUUUAUGAGCCUUCGAUAUGCUUUCGGAAGACUCGCUUAUCACCGAUCGAUCGUCGUCCAAUCGCCGAUACGCGAGUCUUCGAUCGUAAAGUGUAUAUGUACCUAUAUAUAUGUAUAUAUAUAUAUAUAUAUAUAUAUAUAUAUAUAUAUAUAUAUAUAUAUAAAAUGACGAUGAUCGUACGAGUGAGCUGUAUAAAAAAAAAAAAAAAAAAAAGAAAAAAAAAAGUAACACUUUCGUCUUAUGUAUUUCGGCGUAUUUCGAUCGAACAGGUAGCGCACAAUAUUUGGGCCUUAUAAGAGUAUAAAAUUCAAUGUUCCGCUGAACUAUGACUCCUAGCGAUUAUGAAGAAGAUGAAGAAAAAAUAAAUAAAUAACAAGUAUAUAUAUAUA